UCUCAUUUGUUUUAGUUUGGGUUUCCGUAAUCCUCCCCUUCUUCCAAGGAAGGAGACGAGUACGUUUCCUUCCAUUUCUUUUCUUUUUUUUUUCUGAAUUUUGCCCGCUUUGCUUUUUCUUCCUCAGAAUAUGAAAAGCUUUUAAAGAAUAAUAUUUGUUCUGAAGAGACGGCGGGCAUCUUUUGUUUCCUUCAGACAAUUCUUAGUUUCCGACUAUCCUAUCAUAUUAUAUGACAAAUUUGUAAAAGAAUGUUUUUCUUCUGCUAUUAAUAAUUAAGAGAAGAAGGGAGUUGUUUUCUUUUUUCUUUUUUGUUUUUUUUUUUUCUUGUUUCUGAAGGGGCAAAAGGGGGAAAUUUAGAUGGGUUUUCUUGUUGAUACACAAAGGGAAGGUGUUGGGUCUUCAUGGGGUUGUUUGAGGAGCUUGGUGAGGAGGAAACAGGUGGAUUCCCACCAUGCCAGAGCUGGAGUUCAUAAUCAAUUGGCCAAGGCCUUGACGGUGCCUCACUUGAUUGCCAUUGGCGUGGGCUCAACAAUUGGAGCUGGAGUUUAUAUCCUGGUAGGAACAGUUGCUAGAGAGCAUUCUGGACCAGCCCUCACCUUCUCAUUUCUAAUAGCUGGAAUUGCUGCUGCCCUUUCAGCCUUUUGCUAUGCCGAACUUGCCAGUCGAUGUCCAUCUGCUGGCAGUGCCUAUCACUAUUCAUACAUUUGUGUUGGUGAAGGUGUUGCUUGGCUAGUUGGUUGGGCUUUGAUACUGGAGUACACAAUUGGUGGAGCAGCAGUUGCUCGUGGGAUAUCCCCAAAUCUGGCAAUGCUUUUUGGAGGUGAGAGUAGUCUGCCCUUUUUUUUAGGUCGUCAACACAUUCCUGGUCUUGACAUUGUGGUGGAUCCAUGUGCUGCUAUUCUGGUUGUCCUAGUAACUGGGCUAUUGUGUGUGGGAAUAAAGGAGAGCACAGUUGCCCAAGGUGUUGUCACCACAGCAAAUGUUUGUGCCAUGAUUUUCAUUAUAGUAGCUGGUAGUUAUCUGGGGUUCAAGACUGGAUGGGUUGGAUAUGAACUUCCUACAGGGUAUUUUCCUUUUGGGGUAGAUGGGAUGCUUGCUGGGUCUGCAACAGUCUUUUUCGCAUACAUUGGGUUUGAUUCGGUUGCAAGCACUGCAGAAGAGGUAAAGAAUCCUCAGAGAGAUUUGCCACUGGGAAUAGGCAUUGCACUGUUUAUUUGUUGUUCCUUAUAUAUGAUGGUGUCUGUUGUCAUCGUUGGUCUGGUCCCAUAUUAUGCUAUGGAUCCAGACACCCCAAUUUCCUCUGCAUUUGCUAGCCAUGGGAUGCAAUGGGCUGCUUACAUAAUAACUGUUGGAGCUGUUACUGCUCUCUGUUCAACAUUGAUGGGUUCCAUUCUCCCUCAGCCACGAAUUCUAAUGGCAAUGGCUCGAGAUGGAUUGCUGCCCUCAUUUUUUUCAGAUGUUAACAAACGCACCCAAGUGCCUGUCAAGGGCACAGUGGUGACUGGUAUUCUUGCAGCAAUCUUGUCAUUCUUUAUGGAUGUCUCACAGCUGGCAGGGAUGGUCAGUGUGGGUACACUUCUUGCAUUUACGAUGGUAGCAAUUUCUGUAUUGAUACUCAGAUAUGUCCCGCCAGAUGAGGUGCCUCUUCCAUCAUCACUUCAGGAGUCUAUUGAUUCUGUUUCAUUGAGAUAUAGUCAGAAUACCGAGGUCCAUGGUGACGCUUCUAAGGACGGCAUUAAACCUUUACUUCCCGAGAAGGAUGCAGCACUUGAUUGUCCUAUCCUUCUAAAGCAAGAAGCUGGAAGUAGUUUUUAUUUUUCAGGUUUUAUUUGUCCGUUUGUACCACUCCUACCCAUUGUUUGCAUUCUCAUCAACGUCUAUUUAUUGAUUAAUCUGGGACCUGCCACAUGGGCUCGCGUCUCGGUUUGGCUCUUAAUUGGGGUGCUUGUUUACGUAUUCUAUGGCCGGAGUCACAGCUCAUUGCUGGAUGCUGUGUAUGUGCCUGCAGCUCAUGCCAAUGAGAUUUAUAGCAGUUCCGGGGAUUCUUUGGCUUAGUCACAGAAGGCAUAUGAUUUCAGCUUCUCAAUAGUUUUAGAAAGAUAAUCUUUUAUUGUAUGCUUGAAAUCAAUCAAAACCUCCCCCUCCCUCUCUUCCAACCCACUAUUUUUACUAUCAUAAUCUUUAAUAAUUAGUUCCAGGACUACUGCUCAUCUUUUUUCGUUUUUUUUUUGUAUAUUAUAUAAAAGAUAUAUAUUCGAUUAGGGAGGUGGUUGAAGAAUCAAAACAGUGUAAAUAGUUUCAGAAUUUCAAGAUUGGAAAAGAUGGUUUCUUUUA